AUGUAGAGUAAAUCUGAAAGCUUAAUAAAUUUAUUAUAUUAUUCAUUUGCAAAGCAAGUUAUAAAUUUUGCAAUUAGAGAAAGCUUAUAAGAAUUUAAGGAAUUUGUGGAAAAUAUGAUAUAAAAGAAAGAUAUAAAUUAUUUGUAAUUUAAUCAUAUAAAAUAUGUUAGAUUGAACUAAAAUUGUAUUUUUAAAGAAAAAGUGAAUAAGGAUUAAACAAAUGUAUAUUUGAGUAAUUUAAGUAAGCUAAGUAAAAUAAAAAAGAUUUAUUGA